AUGAAAACCCACUACGUUGUAAUAAGUGACGAACAUUCUAAAUUAUUUGGUCAUCGAAUAUUAAAUUCUCAACUUUCUCUUUAUCUUGGAUUGGUCCAAUUACUUGUUUGUAUUUGGGCACUUUCCCAACAUAUUUGGGCUAUGUUUACCUUAAAAGAAAUUUUACAUUGUGAUUUUUCUGAUAAUUCAACACUCCCUCCAAUGUUUACGAGAGUUGAUGCGAUUAUUUAUGAUAUUGGCCUUUUUCAUCACCUUUGGGGUAUUACUGGGUGUGUUGCUCAACAUUUGGAUGGGGGAUAUGGUCGUUUUUGUUGGUGUAUAGCCCAUAUAUUAGCUUUACUUGUUUGUUUACCUUUUGCUUUUUCAUCACGUCCCCGUCCGUAUUUCUUAUGGCCUUUAUUAAUACAACAAAGUGCUUACGGGGUUGGGAUGCUUAUUUUGAGUUUGGCUGCAUUCCCCAAAGCUGCUCAAUUAAUUGGGGAUUUACAAAAUGCUCCAAUACGCCCUUUAAUUUUUUAUACUUUUGGAACUUUAAUGAAUUUCUUUUUGCUUUAUGUUUACUGGCAUUGGUAUUGGCAUGUAGAAACCCUUUGGAAUUCUGCCCGUAAAUUAAAAAGAGGAGAAACUUUAAAUAAAAAUAAUAAUCGAAGACCUUUUCGACGUGCUUCCCCUGUCGGAGAAAAUAUAUUAGUAAAUAAUGGAAAUUUAUAUUCUAAUAGUAUUUCAACACAACAAGGAAUGCCUCAAAUAUUAAAUGGAAAUUUAAAUAAUGGAGAUGAAAAUAAAAAACAGACAAGCGUUUCUAUAUUAAAUGGAAAUCACACAAUAACUUUACCUAUUACAAAAAUUCAACAACAAAAACCGCCCAAAAUUUCACAAAAUAAUCAUCAGAAUCAUUCAAAGAAAAAUCAGAAUAAUUUGUCUUUUGAUUCUGACAUUUCUUUGCCUAGUACUGUUAGUACAACAUCAACAAUAGCACAACAACAACAACAAUUACCCUUUUCUGAAUUAUUUUCUACUCAACAACCUUAUUCAAAGAAAUAUUAUUCAUUAUCAUCUUCCUCCUUACCUCCAUUAAUUUCUUCAGCACCUUCAAAUAAAAAUCAACAACAACAACAACAAAAUCGUCGUUUAACAGCAACAGAAACCCAAUUUUAUUUAAAUAAACAAAAUAUCCAAUUACCUCCAAGAGUUUUACAUUUACGUAAACAAGAACGUUUUGGACUUCCAAAAGCUAAAAAUUCCUUAGAAGAAAAUUUUUGUAAUAAUAAAUUUCGAGAAAAAAGUAUUAGAAGAGCAAGUAGUGGAAAUUACAAUAAUGAUAUAUUACAGAGACAAUAUGGGGUAGAUAAUGAAGUAAAUAAUGAGAAAAAUUUAUUAACAAGAACUUCACUUCCCAACGGAGAUUUAUUAAUUGAAAAUAUUAAUAAAAAUUCAAAAAAUUCUUCAAAUUUAAUUCAAACUGGACAAAAACAAUUAAAUAAAAUUAAACUUCCAACACAAAAAAUUUAUGAAAUAAAUUAUGGACAAAAAAGAAGAAAAGAUUUUGAAAUUAAUGGAAAAAGAAUAUCUUCACAAUUACCUUUAAAUGGUUAA